UGUGUCUUUGUUCCCUAAGCCCAUACAGCAGCGUGAGCGGCACUGCUUCAGCAACUGCGCCUCAGGUCCACAUCCUGGGAAGAAGAUGGCCGCCUCCUGGGGUGCUGUCCUCUUCAUGCUGCUGCUGGCCUGUGCUGGCAGCACUGUCUUCUACAGAGAGCAGCAGACUUGGUUCGAGGGGGUCUUCUUGUCUUCCAUGUGCCCCAUCAAUAUCAGCGCCAGCACCUUUUAUGGAAUUAUGUUUGAUGCAGGCAGUACUGGAACUCGAAUUCAUGUUUACACUUUUGUGCAGAAAACUGCAGGACAGCUUCCCUUUCUGGAAGGCGAAAUUUUUGAAUCUGUGAAGCCUGGACUUUCUGCUUUUGUAGACCAACCCAAGCAGGGUGCGGAGACUGUUCAAGGACUCUUAGACGUGGCCAAAGACUCAAUCCCCAGAAGUCACUGGGAAAGGACCCCAGUGGUUCUGAAAGCAACAGCUGGACUACGUCUACUGCCAGAGCAGAAAGCUCAGGCUCUGCUGUUUGAGGUAGAGGAGAUCUUCAAGAAGUCACCUUUUUUGGUCCCAGAUGACAGCGUUAGCAUCAUGGAUGGGUCCUAUGAAGGCAUACUAGCUUGGGUCACUGUGAACUUUCUAACAGGUCAACUGCAUGGCCAUGGCCAGGAGACUGUGGGGACCCUUGACCUGGGGGGUGCCUCCACCCAAAUCACCUUUCUACCCCAGUUUGAGAAAACCCUGGAAGAAACACCUAGGGGCUACCUCACUUCCUUUGAGAUGUUUAACAGCACUUUUAAGCUCUAUACACAUAGCUACUUGGGAUUUGGAUUGAAAGCUGCAAGACUAGCAACUCUGGGAGCCCUGGAAACAGGAACUGAUGGACACACUUUUCGAAGUGCCUGUUUACCGAGGUGGCUGGAAGCAGAGUGGAUCUUUGGGGGUGUGAAAUACCAGUAUGGUGGCAACCAAGAAGGGGAGACGGGCUUUGAGCCCUGCUACGCAGAAGUGCUGAGGGUAGUACAAGGAAAACUUCACCAGCCAGAAGAGGUCCGGGGAAGCUCCUUCUAUGCUUUCUCCUACUAUUAUGAUCGAGCCGCUGAGACACACUUAAUUGAUUAUGAAAAGGGAGGUGUUUUAAAAGUUGAAGAUUUUGAAAGAAAAGCCAGGGAAGUGUGUGAUAACUUGGAGAGCUUCUCCUCAGGUAGUCCUUUCCUAUGUAUGGAUCUCAGUUACAUCACAGCCUUAUUAAAAGAUGGCUUUGGCUUUGCAGACGACACCCUCUUACAGCUCACAAAGAAAGUGAACAACAUAGAGACGGGCUGGGCCCUGGGGGCCACCUUUCACCUGCUGCAGUCUCUGGGCAUCUCCAGCUGAGCCGACGUGCAUCCUCUGAAGCUGCAUCCUGAACAACUUUACAGGAAGGAGAGGACCACUCUGGGGAAACCCUGGACUGCAACCUAGUAACUGGCCUUAUUAUGAGAGAAGGGGUUUAUAGAUGAGUCUUGCCCAUAAGCCUAGAGAUUUGGGCUUAAUUAAUUUUGCACAUCUAAUGUGAAUGGCUCCCUAACCACUUGACAGAUGCAUGGCUGGCACCAGAGUGUAUAUCUUUUGGGAUUUUUUUUUUUGUAUGUCAGAGUCUUGUGAAGGAAAAAGAAAGGGUUUGGAACUCUGUGUUAUACUGAGAGUUCAGAGACAGGUCCCCAGGAACCAAAGAAAAAUCUCAUUUCCACCCUUGGAGUGCCUCAUUUCUCUGAAUGUUUUCAUUUUUUUGCUUGUAAGCUAAAUUAAGCUGACUUUACUGAAGUCCCAUAACCUAUCAAUACUGGCUUUUUAUUUUUUCUUCCUCCUACUCUUUAUUAUAUUCCCCCCCAAAAAUGAGGAGGGUGACAGCUGGUUUGUUUCCCAUCUGUAGUGCGAAGGGGAGGGCUACUGUAUUAGACUGUGUGAGCCUGUGCCACAGUACAUCAGCCAACCAACGCAGAGCUUAGAGCUAGCCUAAGUGGUUUAUUUUUGGAUAGAGAUCUUGUUAAUAUUGCUCAGGGUGGCCUGGAACUCACCGUGUAACCCAGGUUG